GCAAACGCGAGCAGAGGAGUUGUCACUUUGCCAGGGGCCGAGGCGGCGAGUUUCCCGUCGAGCACCCCCCCCCCCCCCCCCCCCCCCCCCCCCCCCCCCCCCCCCUGGUUCCAGCGAACCGCGGAACACUCAGGAGCCCGGCUUUUGGACGGCAGAUCGGGCUUUUGGACGCUUUUCUCGAGCCGUUUCUGGGGGGUUCUGCUGGUCGAGGCACUCGGCCACCUAUUUAUUUAUUGAGGACGAUGCUUCCGCCCAGCAGCGGUUGAGCUUCGCGUUGCUGAUCCUUCGCUUUGGUGCGUGCUUUGCUUGCUCCUGACUUGUGCUUGUCGAGAGCUCAUGUCGCCGACGGCGGCGUCGUCGGGGCCGGAACCGCCGUUCCGGCCACGAGAGAAGGUCCUGGAGAAGCAGAGGUACUUCCAGAGCGUGCAGAAGCCGACGUACCUCAAGGGCCGCUACGAUGUGGUCACCUCCGUCGCCGUCCCGCUCGCCCUCGCAGUCUCCAGCAUGUACCUCGUUGGGCGCGGGAUCUACAACAUGUCUCACGGCAUAGGGAAGAAGGAGUGAACUCUUUGUACAUGAACAUGACUCGUCGAUCGGUGGACUCUUGUCUCAUAUGUACUGUAUAUAUUCUGUAAAUACAGUGAGGACUCGAAUGUGGUGGAUUGGAUAUGGGGAAAACAAAUCCGUCCAAGGCCGUGUGUAUUGUGUAAGUCCAUGUUUAGGCUGUCUCCAGCGUGCGCAUGCUGCGAGCCGCCCCCUCUUUUUACCCUGCUCCGCCAGAUGUAUGUUUAGAUUGACGCAUCGUUUAGCUUCAAAUCUCCGUUUAUAUAAAUGGAGAUUUUAAACCGUGAUUUGUUACCUUCAAAUUUAUGUAUAAUUUGAAGCUAACAAUCACGGUUUGAAUCUCCACUUAUGUAUAAUUUUUAUAGUAGUAAAGAUUGCAAUGUACGAUGAAAAUGAAGCAGGUUACUAUUUAUGCUUAAAAAUACAUUUGUGUUAUGUUAA